AUGCAUAGUUGGAACCAUCGGGAGACAAUUGAUUCACUUUUGCGAAAGGGUGGUUAUCGGGCCAGCAUAAAUGAGUCUGUGCGUCAGUCUAUUCGGCUGACGCGCUAUCGCAGUGAAAAGUUGACUCUUCAUGCCCAGGAGUAUCUUCGCGAACGACAAGGCGGAGUUCUUUACGCUAUAUUUCUUCGCGAUCUAUAUUCAGAAUAUCCAACGUAA